AUGGACUACCGGAAAUCCCACAACUUCAAUCCUAACGUGAUUGCUGCGAAUCUGGCAGAUUUUGGUGAUCACGACUUCUCAGAUGAUGAGAGCAGCGGGAGCUUCGCCCAUAGUUCGGAAGAGGAGGUAGAAUUGACAGAACUAGAAAUGGAAUCCAUGACUGCGGCAUCUGGAGUUGGAGAGAAACGACCGUCACGGGCAUUAGAACAGAUAAUGAUGGGAAUGCAUUUUGAUGAAAAAAAGGAAGCACCCCAAGUAGUAUCCAGUGACCACCAUGAUGCUUCCCACACAAAAAGAAAAGCGCAAAAAGACUCCCAUGAUAAGACAGGCGACACGCGGUCAAAGAUGAUGCACUCUACAAAGGUACCGAGUAAAAAGGCAAAGGAAAAAGACGGACAUUCUUCGUGGGAAGGAAAGAUUGAUGACAUUAUACAAAAACCUGCUGCAGGCAUGCAAAGCCCUGUGCCUCGCAAGCAGCAACCUGCGAUUGUUUCUCCAAGAGGCACUGCCGGCGGCAGCGUUCGACAGCGUCGGGGCAAGCGAUCCGAGAUGGUCAAAUCUAACAGUGCCCGCCAGCGUGGUGCUGGUGCUGGUGCUGUUUCUCCAGGUCGACCACGAAAACCCAGCAUGCAACAUCGCACACCAAGCAAGUCCAAACUAUCCAGUGACGAGAAAUCAGAUGAUCCCAUACCUCGUGGAAGUGGACAUGGUCCGAGUCGAAGACGACAACCUCGCACACCGAGCAUGUCCCAUCUAUCAGAUGAUGAGAACCCAGGUGGUGAGCCCAUCUCUCGUGGAAGUGGACAUGGUCCGAGUCGAAGACGACAACCUCGCGCACCGAGCAUGAACCAUCUAUCAGAUGAUGAGAACCCAGGUGGUGAGCCCAUCCCUCGUGGAAGUGGGCACGGUCCCAGUCGAAGACGACAGCCUCGCACACCGAGCAUGAACCAUCUAUCAGAUGAUGAGAACCCAGGUGGCGAGCCCAUCCCUCGUGGAAGUGGGCACGGUCCCAGUCGAAGACGACAACCUCGCACACCGAGCAUGAACCAUCUACCAGAUGAGGAGCACCCAGGUGGUGAGCCCAUCCCUCGUGGAAGUGGACAUGGUCCCAGUCGAAGACGACAACCUCGCACACCGAGCAUGUCCCAUCUAUCAGAUGAGGAGCACCCAGGUGGUGAGCCCAUCCCUCGUGGAAGUGGACAUGGCCACAGACGACAAAAUGCUCCUCGGCCCAAUGAACAUUCAGGUGACGAUGAGCAGAAAGCGGACGAUCCCAUUCCUCGCGGAAGUGGUCAUGGCCACAGACGGCGUCCAGCGGCUGCUCGACGCGCCGCCUCUGGAUCAUCUAAUGGGCCCACUCGACAGCCCUCGACGGCUCGACGAGCCAAACAUGCAGAUCCCAAUACGGCAGUGUUGAGUGGUGAAGGCACCGGACUCAAGUGGUGA